AUAAGUUAGAUAGUUGGUUACUAAAAAUAAACUAAAUUAUUAUCAAUAUGAGAUAUGUAAAUGUUGAUGUGCUUCUCUUGUACAGGACUUAUAUACGGAUAUGUUUACGCUAUAAUAUGAAAAUAUGUUGAUUGCUUUCAACGCUUGAAUUUUAAUUUAAAGAAGUCAAUAAGUUAUGAAGAGAUGAAAGACAGUGAGGCACACAAUAUGUCUAGUAAAAUACGGACUAAUUUGAUAUGGAUAUUAAUCGUGAACAUUGCUUUGGUUAUUCUCUACAUGUCUGUUUCUAACAAAAUACAUCCUUCCGAUUUUGAGAAAUCUUUACAUCACGAAACAUACAACAAUAAAGGUAUUAUACAUGAAAGCAACCAGACGGUAAACAGACGAAUAAAACCCGAAACUUAUCCAGAUAAGGUUGUUAGCGGUGAUUGUACCGGACUACUUUUUCCUGCGCAUUUAUCACCGGAAGUAACAUGGCGUCCAGUAAACACAGAAAACUCGGCUUAUGUAUUCUCUAUGUAUCAUUUAAAGGAGAAAAGUAAACUGGUUAUCAUCGGAGCUAAAGUGAAAGAUUAUGCAACUUAUUAUUGUCAGAUGUGGUACAGUUUGACUACAAACCGUACUUAUCACAUGGUCCAAAACCCAGCUAGAGCGGCUGCUUUGCCAGAAGGCCACGGGAAAAGGUAUUCUGCAUCAAUAUUCGAAUGUCAGCUGCAAUCAUCUAAUCUACCAGACUAUGUUUCCGUGGUCAAUGAAAGUUGUGGAAUUCCACUUCAUAUUCUAAAUGUUGUCUCAACAGAAAAGAAAGUUGCUCAAAAAAGACUGUUCACAGUAUGCCUGGCCCCUUUUAAUUUUAAUUACGAUGAUGAUUCACAACUUAUUGAAUGGAUAGAACUGAACAGAAUUCUCGGAGCGAAAAAAUUUAUAAUAUACGACUUUUCAUCUUCCGUUAGCGUCAAGCGCGUGCUUGAAUUCUACUCAAAACGAGGCUUAACGGAAGUGGUGCCGUGGCAGCUACCAAUGGCGGUUGAUACCUAUCCAGCACAAAACAUUUCGGCCGAUAUUCAUUAUUUUGGCCAGCUCGCUUCAUUAAAUGACUGCUUAUACAGAAACAAAAACAUCUCAGAAUUUAUUGUUAAUUUAGAUCUUGAUGAAUUUAUAAUCCCGCAGUCGGAGGAAAUAUUUACUUGGUUAGAUAUGUUAAAACAAUUAUACCAACAAGAGAGACAUGCAUUUUCAGCAUAUCUAUUUAGAAACACAUUCUUCUGCUUGGAAUGGAAUAAUUCACUUAUAUCCACAUUAAACACAUCUUUUAUAAAACAUUACAACUUGAUUACGCUUCAAAAACUUGAACAUGAUAAAAAUAUUUUUCCAGCAAGAAUAAGGUCGAAGUAUUUUGCACGAACUUCUCGUGUAUCAAAUAUAAUGAUACAUGAUAUUCUUAUGAUACCGUAUAAACAGCAUUUUGUCGUUCCUCCAACUAUAGGACUUCUACAUUAUUACAGAAAUUGUGAAGAUUUAUUCGUUUCUUCGAAUGAAAGAAAACUCGUCACAACAGUAAUGGAUAGUACGGAAAAACUUUAAUUCAUAAUGUUUUAGGUAUUUGGAACGAGUUGGGGGAAAGUAAUAAAUAGCAAAUAAUGAUUAUCUUCCACAGUAAAGAGUUGUCAUAGAAAUUAUGAAAUCAAGCAAUGAGUGGUUAAGUAUAUUCAAUGUUUUUAUAAACUGUUGAAUACACUGAAUUCGUUUGUGGCAGUAUAGGUGUAGUCAUGUUUGCAAGGAUGGCUCGUUGCAUGGUAUUAUUAUGAAAUCUUUCAAUAGUAACAAUUUGUUGGUAAAAUAUACUUAACUUGUGAAUGGUUGGCAAAAGAUAUGAUGGCUGAUAAAUGCAAAUCAUAGUAAUUCUGUAUUAAUGAUUACAAAAUUAUUUUACAUGAAACAGCUAAAUAUUGUAUAUUAUUAGAAAGAUCUGUAAACUCAUAUUUUACACAUUAAAAAAUAAAUUUUCAAAACAUUUUCCAUUUUCCAUAGUAAAGGGUUGAACUUGGCCCUUUCCGUCAAACUUCGGACAAGAACAUCAAAAAUAAAUUCAAUAGUUUUUUGAACAUCACAAAAUAAAUUUAUGCUAAAGAGGUACAUUUAUUAAUUAUAUAAAUAGUGAUAAUAUAUUUUGUCGAUUUUCGUCGCGCAGGUUUUCAAAACGGUAAGACGGUAGGGGGAAAUCCCGGGAUCCGCGACACCUAGGAUCCGGGAUCGUAUUAAAUGCAUAGAGAAAACUAAUAAACUACAUUUGUGUUGAUAUUAAAUUUUGUCGCAAUGAAAGGCAAUUAAACGUUAACUUUUUAUAUAUCGUAUGUAACGACGCGUAUGUUUAUUUCAAUUAAAGACUUAAAUAUAUUCUGAGCUAUUUAUUAACAAACAUGAAAUGCGGGAAUCACAAUACUUGAACGAGUACUUUUAUUGAAUACACUGAAUUUGUUUAUAGCAUUAUACACGUGUAGAAAAAUAAAAGUUUUUGUUAACACACAAUAUUUGCCUAAGUUUAUGUUCAUGUAUAUAAUUGUUAUUAUUAGAAUUUUGUAGUCAGUAUAAAAUUACACUAGAAUUGCAUUGUUUCAUAAAAUCAUUAAACAUUGCAAAAAAUCUGGAAAGAAAGUGAUCCCAAGGAAGCAUUAAUCACAAUAAAAUUAUAAGAGAAUUGCAGACUCGGUUUGAAUGAGUCUGUACAUGAGUUUGUUAAUUCUUUACUUUUAUUGUUUUCUUUGUUUAUCUGAACUUAGUGUUAUCACUUGCUUAUUUCAUAAUGUUCACAGUUUUUUGACAAUAUUGCUUAUUUUAAAUAUGAUGUUUUAUUGUGAAUAAACAGUAACUAAAAAUAG